GGUAUAUAAAUGGGCAAUGGGUUUGUGUUUUUACGAAUUUUAUUUGUAGAAGCAAAUAAGCGACAAAGAUUCAAGAUGUUUACUAUUGUCGUGAUCUGUGUUUCUUUGGCUCUGGUUCACAGCCAGGACGCCACAACUGCCGGUCGCACACAUCACCCGCACCACACCCACACACAACAUGUCCAGCCUACACACACCCCGCACCCUCACUCUACACAUGCCCCGAUCACUGACCACACAUUCAGCGCUUCCAAUCCUCUUUGGCUCAUAGACGCCACGCAUCAUGCGUUGGUGAUGAAGACAGACUCUGGUUGUUACGGCCUUCAUAUAACCCCUGAACAAGUGACGGAGGCCCAAACAGCUGAUGGGCUGUUAAAAUUAGAGCGGGGUCUACUGAAACAUACUGAGCAAGCCAAAACAUUCAGGCAUUUUCACGCGAAAGGAAUUUUAAGUGAUGAAAUCAAGAAGGCUUGCCCUACCAUCCUGAGUGCAAUCCACGAGGAACAUUAAGGUCUACAAGAAGAUCUGGAUUGUCAUUUAUGUGCUGUACGUAAAUUAUAUGUACUAUAUGCACCCAGAUAAAAUAAAUCAAACAGCCUGAACCGA